AUGUGCACCACAUUGAAUCUGCGGCCCGGCACGCACCAUUUGAAGUUUAUUGUCGAUGGCGAGAUGAGAGCUGCAGAUAACCUUCCGACAGCUGUGGAUUUCACCAAUCACCUGGUCAACUACGUCGAAAUCAGCGCAGAAGAUGCCCAAAGAGAAAACGACAAGACGCCGCAGUCCGGGGUUCCGCCAGGAGUCCAUCCGCCACAGGCACUGCCCGAAGACCCGAAGCAAGACCAAUCCGGGGAGACAGUGGAAGAGCCGCCGAAGGAGGCCGAGGAAGAAGUUGCACCCGGGGAUUUCGGUAGUGACAUCCCUCAGUUCCUGGCUGAUCUGGACAAGGAGGAAGACAGUCCCGCCUACUUGCAGGCUGCCAAUGUGAUUGGGGAUAUGGCCACUCCGCCGAGUCUGCCGCUGUUUUUGGGGAAAUCGAUCUUGAACGGUACCACCCCGAUGAAGGACGACAGCAGCGUUCUCAACUACCCGAACCACACGGUUCUGAACCAUCUUGCCACGAGCAGCAUCAAGAAUGGUGUUCUCGCUACGAGUGUCACGACCAGAUACAAACGAAAGGUAAGUCCGCUUUGCUGUAUGGUCUGUUUGUUCGUUCUAAUAAUUCUACUCGCAGUACGUCACGACCAUUUUGUACAAACCGACCGGCGACAUCACGGGAGAAUAAGUUACUCUGUGUCUCUGCACAGUCGACACGCACAUUCCUCCCCCAGAGAGUCGACGGAAAUAUUACCGCGUUACCAAAGGCUUCCUCACUUCCCAUGUGGAGUCUACUUCUUCUGCACUAGAAUGCAUACAGACUUCUGGUUGACACUUGUCUCACGAGGAGAAUUCCGAUUCAAUGCUUCCGGCAAGACAUGA